UUCGAAACUAGACGAGAUUUAUCAUGUACUAAAUAUUUUCACUGCAUGUGAAAAGCUUGAUCAAUGGCAAGUCCUGCGAAGAAACCUAAAACAUCGGCUCUACCAGUGUGCCCAUAUGGAGCACGGUGUUACCGAAAAAAUCCCGAGCAUUUUAAAGAAUUUUCACAUCCUCCGACGAAGACUGACGCUUCAUCAAGUGACGACGGCACUAACGAUGAUACCAAACCUAGUCUCAAUGACAAAAGCCUUCCGCCCUGUAAAUAUGGCGCUAGUUGCUACAGGAAGAAUCUUCUCCAUUUUGCUGAGUAUUCUCACCCCACUGUGAUAAAAAGCAAGGACAGUGGAAGUGACACAGAUCCUAUAGAAUCAGAUGAAGAGGAGAAGAAAAAGUCAAAAGUCAAGUCUGCAGACAUCUUGAAAAGAGGCAUGUCUCUGGUGAAGAAGUACUCGCAGAUGACAGAGGAUGAAAGAAAGGAGCUGAUCAAGCAAGCGUUUGAAGCCAAGCAGAAACUACAGGAAGAGCUUAAGGAAACAAAAGACAAAGUUAAAGAAAAGGAAAAAGAACUGGAACAAAUGCAGCAAAAGGUGUCCUCUGGCCUUUUAUUGGUGGAGGGUGAAAAGGCGGCUUUAGAGGGGACAGACACAGUGUACUUCUCACUCAUGGCUGAGCGUAACCACAAGGAGGGCUCAGCUGAGCAGACUCACUUCAGGCUGGCCGAGUCCCAGUUUUAUCGACUACUAAGUGGCACAGACAAUAGCUACACCAUUAAGAAAGUGGAGUAUGUUGUUAAUCCAGAGUUGAGGACCAAAUUCAAACAUGCUAAAGAUGAGCUAAAGAAACAGAGAGGAGAGGAUUUAUCCUACCCCGUGUUAGCAUUUCAUGGAACCAAAGUAGAGAAUAUCACCAAAAUCUGUGAAACUGGAUUCAGAGUUCCUGGAGACAAAGGUUUCCAACACAGAACAGACACUGGCUGGUAUGGUAAGGGGGUGUACUUUAGUGAGUACCCCGACUACAGUAUGGGGUACAUCCAGGGGGCAGAGAAGCUACUCCUGUGUCAGGUUCUCCCUGGGAAAGUGUUCCACUGUAAAAAGCUGAUCCAUGGGGCAGCGCUUACUAAGGGACACGACUCCCACACGUCCCCUGAUAAAAAAGAGCUGGUCAUAUUCAACCCCGGUCACAUCCUGCCCAGCUAUAUUGUUCAUUAUAAGAUGGCCUCUGGGGAGUUUGCUUACAGUAAAACUGGGACUGGGGGUAAGGCUACUUCAGCCAAGAAAUCAACAGCUGAUGAUGACGACGAUGAUGAUGAUGAAAGUGUGCAUGAAAAAUGUAUGAAAUCCCAAACUGCCAAAAAGUCAAAAGUAUUGAAGGACCAGAAAAUUUUGUUCACUGGAGCUUUUUGUUUGACCCAGAAAGAAAUUACAGAUCUUGUAGUGAAGCAUGGGGCCACAACAGGAACACUGGGUAAUUUCAAUCUCUGUGUCGCAUCCCUGGGAUCUGUGCAAGGUACAACGAACAAGUUCAUGAAGGCCAUGGACAAAAAUAUUCCGAUAGUUUCAGAGGAAUUCUUGUAUGACUCAAUCAACAAGAAGAAACUAAUGGAUCCAGAGAAUUAUUAUCCAGAACAGUGAAUAGACAGCAUUUAUAAAUUAUUGUUCCUUAAAUUCAUCCUCCAAAAUUAUGUAGAGCUUAAUUUUCUCAAUAUU